AUGCAAAGAUUUACAAAAUUAUAUAUUGAAAAUAAUGAUGAUGAUAAUAAUAAUAAUAAUGAAAAUAUAGAAAGAUCAUUAGAAGGAAAAGAUGCAAUUUUUAGUAAUAUUAUAGCAUGCAUUACAAUUGGAGAUAUUAUGAAAUCAUUAUUAGGUCCCUGUAGUAGGGAUAAAUUAAUAAUCAAUAAAUAUAAUGAGAUUAUAGUUAGUAAUGAUGGAUACACUGUUUUGAAAUCAAUUCAAUUAGAACAUCCUUGCUCAAAAAUGAUGGUAGAAUUAAGUUUUUCGAUGGAUGAUCAAAAUGGUGAUGGUACUACAUCAGUUGUAGUUUUGAGUUCAUUUUUAUUAAGAAAAUCUUUAAAAUUAUUAAACGGUUCUUCAACUAAUAUUAGUAAUAAUAAUAAUAGUGGUGGUAUUGGUAGUGGUGGUGGAUCAAUUCAUCCAAUUAAAAUUAUAAAUGGAUUUGUUCGUGCAUCUAAAAUUGCAAUUGAAUCAAUUAUUAAUCAAUCAAAAUCAUUUGAUAUUAAUACUGACCAAGGUAAAAAUUUAAUGAUGCAAACUUGUAAAACCACUUUAAAUUCUAAAUUAAUAUCACAUACAAAUCCAAUUUUAUCAAAAUUAGCAAUUGAUUCAAUAUUAAUGAUAUCAAAUUUAAAAGGUUCAAUUUCAACAGAAUCAAUAAAUAUUAUUUCAAUUCAAGGCGAAUCAGUUGAAAAGUCAACUAUUUAUCCAUAUUUUAUAUUACCUCAUUCAUUAAUUACACCAUUUUAUUCAAAUAGUAAUAAUAAUAAUGGUGAUUUUAAAAUUUUAUUUUUAAAUUUAUCAAAUAAUGGUAAUAAUAUUAAUAAUAAUAAUAAUAUUUUAAAUAUUGAAGAUAAUAUUAAUAAAGAAGAAAAUAAUAUAAAAUCAAUUGUAAUAUCAUUAAAAAAGAAAGGAAUUUCAAUGAUUGGAAUUUUAGAAGAUUUAAAUAUACCAAAUUUAAAUAUUUCAAAUUUAUUAUUAUCUUAUUUAACAAAAGCUAAAAUAUCAGUUUUAAAACCAUUUUCAUUUGAAAAAAUGAAAUAUUUAUCCAAUAGAUUAAAUAUACCAAUAAUUUUUGAUAAAUCUGAAAUCAUUAAAUCUGACAAUUUCAAAACUUUUAAAUCAAUUAAAUAUCAAACUAUUAAUAAUGAAAAUUUAAUUCAUUUUGAAAAUCAUAUUAUCACUACUACUAAUAAUCAAAAUGAUGAUAGUUGUUGUUAUAAUAAUAAUAAUAAUAAUAAUAAUAAUAAUAAUAAUAAUAAUAAUAAUAAUAAUAAUAAUAAUAAUAAUAAUAAUAAUAAUAAUAAUAAUAAUAAUAAUAAUAUUUUACCAACUAUUAUUUUAAGAGGUACAACAAUAAUGGAAUUAAAAGAAACUGAAAGAGCAUUACAUGAUGCAUUAUGUGUAUUAAGGAAUUUAAUUCGAAAUCCAAUUGUUGUACCUGGUGGUAGUGCUUGUGAAAUUGAAGCAUCAAAAAAAAUAAAUGAUUUCUUUAAUAAUUCAAUCAUUAUAACUAAUGGUAAUAAUAAUAAUGAUAAUACUACUAUUAUUAAUAGAGAUGAAUUAUUGGCAAUGUUAUCAUUUGCAGAAUCAUUAGAGGAAAUAUCAGAAACACUUUGCCAAAAUUCAGGUAUUGAUAAUCAUUUAGAGGUUGUAUUAAAACUUAAACAAAUUCAUUUAGAGAAUAAAUUAAACAAUUCUAAAAAUAUUGGAAUUGAUUUAAAAGUAAAUUCUAUUGGUGAUAUGUUUGAGUAUGGUGUAUUGGAAACACUUUCUAACAAAUUGGCACAAAUAACAAUGGCAACAGAAAUUGUAACAAGCAUUUUGAAGAUUGAUGAAAUAGUUUAUUAUAGAAAUUUGGUAGGAAAACUUUAA